AUGGGUAAAAAAAUCGGGGAACUUGCUGAUGUGCCGGACGUUGACAUUGCAGAAGCUGGAUGUUUCAAAUACAUAUUAAUUGAAGUGCGAGAUCUUGGUGCAACGCGUGAACAAUCAAAACUUGUUGUGCGCGGUGAUGCAUCAUGUGCUUAUCACGCUGACGUUCUGGACUUGUUGCAAGAUAAAAUCGAUGAUAGUAAAUUGAAAUUGGAUUGCAAAGGUGGAGGCCGUAUUCGAGUGAAUCCACAAACACGAACAAUAUCAGUGUACGGUUAUUCAAUGGGAUUCGGUCGAGCUGAUCAUGAAAAAACAGUCGAAAUUCUCAAAAAAAACUAUCCACAAUGGACGAUAGAAAUAACAGACGAAGAAUAUUAA